CCAAGCACCAUGGCAGAGAGGUUCCCUCUCCAGGUGACAGUGGUGAAGGUGCCUGGUGUGAGCUUCCCUGCCCUGGGAGCUGCCUGGGAGCUGCCUUCUGUCCCUAGGCUGCCACUGUCCUCUGGGCCUGUCCAGCUCCAUACUGGCUCCCACCAGCUGGUCCCAGUCACCACCAGGCGGGGAGCCCCAGGGACCCUGGGGCAGGUGGUGCAUCUUCCCCAGCUGGUGCAGAUGCCCCUUGGGGCUGCUCUCUGUACCCCUGCCUAUGGUUGGGUACAGCAGGUGGUGAUGGGGACACUGCUGCCUCACCAGCCAAGAGCUGUGGUCCAGGAAGAGGCCCUUUACCCCGUAGGCUCUAGUGUGUUCCACAUCCACCAUCAACCUGCCCUGGCUCUACUAGCUGACACAACUACAAUGGAACCUGAAGAAGUGGUGACCACCGAUCUGCCUGAGGAGGGACCAGCUGCCACCACAGAGGCCACUCCUGAGCAGGCAGGGGACAGCACCAACACCCAUGUAUUUGCCUGGCCUGACACCACAGUGAGCGAGGACACCACCCUUGACAGCCCCAACAGCUCCACCUUAGAUGCUCUACUGGAAGAACUGUCUGAGUACCUGGAGGACAGUGGCUGCCUUGACAAGCAAGCGGAGUUGGCACAGCAAGGGGACAAUGAGGACACCAUCUUGGCCGCCAACGUCCCCAGUUUGAUGGCUGAGGACCUUGAUGAGUUCCUUGAAUUCUGCGAAUGCCUGCUGGAAGAUGACCAUCCCAAGAAGCCGGUGGUGGAGGCACAGCAAAGGAACAGCCAGGAUGCCAUGCCUGCCAUCCUCAACCUGACCGCUUCUACGAGCUCACCCACUGCCUCCCGGCCUCACUCACCCCAUACGGCCGAGAUGGAGGAGGAGGCACUGCAGAGGCAGCCACCAGGCGUCAUCACUAUCCGUGUACGCCCCAAAACAAGAGAGCUAGCAGCAGCCAGGCCGAGAACUCUAUGCCAGCCAGCACCCGCACGAGCUAAGAGACCUUCCCGCAGGACCAUGGCCCAGCCAGCAAGAAAAAGACGACGACGGUGAUGCAGCAGCCAGGCCAGAAGACACCCCGAGCCAGUGACCUACAUCCAGACCCCCAGCUGCAGCUCUCUCCUACACUCUUCAUUCCCAUUAAGUCAUUAAAGACUUGUUUUGCAGCUCAUCUGUCUUUUGGG